AUCGAAGAUCUCUUGGCGAAGAAGCAAACUUUCUACGAAGAUAAAAUCAGCGCCGAAAUCGCGAAUGCCAAGAAACAUGGGCAGAAAAACAAAAAAGCAGCAUUGGCAGCUCUGAAACGAAAGAAGCACUACGAAACGGAGUUGUCACGGAUCGAUGGGGUGAUGAUGAAAAUUGAAGCACAACGAACAGCUCUUGAGGGUGCUGGUCUCAAUAUGGAAGUAUUGGGAGUGCUGGAUCAAACUACGAAGGCUCUACAGAUAGCCAACCAGAACUUUGACCUAGACAAGGUUGGAGAUCUGAUGGACAGUAUAGCUGAAGAUUUGCAACUGUCUGACGAGUUCGCCAACGCCAUCAGUCAACCUAUAGGUGAUGUUCAUGACGAGGACGAAUUGCUUAAAGAACUUGAGGAUCUUGAGAAGAAUAAUGUACCUGCGGUCGAACUUCCGGACGUACCAGCUGGACCCAUCACCCGAUCACGAGCCAGUCGUGACAAGUUCCGCCGAAUGGACACCGAAAUGGAAGAGCUGCAGAAAUGGGCAGCUGCAAAUUGA